AGCAAGAGACAUCUCAGGCUUUUUCCUUCUAUCCUCAUCUAGGUGUUCAUUAUGUUCUUUGAACGAUUGGUCGUCCUUGCUACCUUGGCUCUCAUCGCCACAGCGAUCCCAUUCAACGAUUUCGUCUCUCGUUCAGCUCCCCAGGCAUCAUGCUCCUCUACUAAGCUUGUGGAUAGCAGUGUCAUCACGGUUGGAGGCAACUCUGUUGUGCUUUCCACUCUUGCUUGUGAUAGCUCUACACGAGUUGUCGAAGCAGCAGCUCAGGACACCAACACCACGGAUCCUGUGGAUGUUUGUGGCCUUAUCUGUAAUACCUUCUGCGGUAGUUUGGGUGAUCUCCCGCCUACUACUGAAGAUUGCCAAACGAUCAAGGAUGCCAUUCAGAUUUUCGCAGGCAAUGCAGCCCCAACGUUCGUGGUGCAGCCAUCGCACAUCCAGCAGCUCACAUUUGGAACAUGCCGUUUCUUCUUUGAGAACCUGGGAAGCGAACCCGAGGAAUAUUGCUGGCAAGACCUAGCGAAUACCGGUUCUGCUGCAGCGGCUGCGUGCUUCCCGCCUACUGACCCCGUCAACUCUCUGGCGUCAUGCAAAGCUCCGGAUGGGACAUGGGAACUCGGCGUCAGCCACUCCAAUACAACGGAUACGUCUUCUUGAGUGAAGUUGGGUUUGAGGCGGAAGACCAGGGGUAAUGUUCUCUCGUUCCGCUAUAUCUUCGUGUUCGCCUGUUGCGUGUCUUUUAUUUGAAUUUCUUGGGAAAUGAAUGUUGUUUGCACUUGAUAAUCUAAUUUUCGACGAG